GCUCAGACUGUCUGCUUGAGUUCAAACCGGAUUGUAUCAGGCGGCUCAUACAGACAUCAGGUCUCCUCAUUACUGAUUGAAAAUGAUGAUGAUGAUGACCACAAUUGGUGAUGAGACAAAACUGGACCUCUCCAGACUUACAGACGACGAGGCCAGACAUGUAUGGCAGGUGGUGCAAAGGGAUUUCAACCUCCGGAGAAAAGAAGAGGACAGACUUGGGGACCUGAAGUCAAAAAUAGUGAAAGAGGACACAAAGCGAGAGCUGCUGGGCUGCCAGUCCAGGCUCAGCGACUCUCUCUGUAUCCGCUGCCUGCAGCCUUUCAAGUUCCUGCUCAACACCAAACGCCAGUGCUUGGACUGUAAGCUGUUUGUGUGCAAGGCCUGUAGCCGCUUCAACAAAAAAGAGCACGGCUGGGUGUGUGACCCCUGCCAAAUGACCAGAGUUCUGAAAAUUGGCACUGUGGAGUGGUUCCAUGAGAACGUGCGCACUCGCUUCAAACGUUUCGGCAGCGCAAAAGUGAUGAAGUCUCUGUAUAGGAGACUGAACGGAGAGCGAAGCUGCUCCCAGACUGACCUGAGAGACCCUCCGGAGGACGACACACACAGCAUGCCUGAUGUUCACAUUGGGUCACUCUGCAGCCACGAGGACGAGCACUUUGAUGGCCUGAGAAGAGAACCGUACAGACUGUCUAUUAAAGGCAAACGGCUGCUGCCAGUCGACCCUCAGGAUUUUAAUGUUGGGACUGAUUACUCCAUCCACUUUCACCACCAUUCUCUCAAGAACGACAGGCCUGAUCCGGAGGAUGACUGGUCUACCGUCUUCAGGCAGAUCCUGGAUCGUGGAAGAGCAGAAGGUAAGAAGGGGAUCCUCCACAGCAGCCGAAGAAGUCUGGAUAAACAUUCUUACUGUGAUGAAUGCAGCUUUCCUGAGAAUAAGAUGGUUCGGGCUCGAUCCCUCUCAAAGAUCAGCCAUUCUUCAGCUGGCAGCACUAACUAUCCAGCAUCCGGUAAACUUCCGUAUAGUGUAGAGGACUCUGAGGAGGAGGAUCUGGACAACUUACAAAACCUCCCAUACAGCAUGGCUCUGCGCAUGGAGUCCUCACCAGACGGGGUUCCGCCACAGAUAACUGAGCUGAACAAGCGAAUGUCAGCUAUUGAGUCACUGCUUCAUCAUCUAGAACAGAAACUGACUGUGUCAGAUCAGCCACUGUACCUGAUGGACCAGGCUGAACAUGCAGAAGACGUGCUGUCUGCAGUGGACCAAGAGGAGCGAGAGCUAAAGAAAAAGCUGGAAGAGCUGACUGAAAACAUCAGUGACAAAGGCCUUUCCUCUGAUGAAGAGGAGGCAAACAAGCUAACGGAUGACACAAAGACUUUGGGAGGAAGUGGUCAUUACUGUUCCUCAGUCAUGAGACGACAAACUGCACCGAUAGAUAAAAACAGCUUUCCUUCUGAGGUUCAGAAGUCAAAUUUUGACAUUGAAAGGCCCGUUAACAGUCUGAGGAACCUGAACUCCUACGAGGUCAGUGCUACUGCGAGCGGCGAGCUGUCUCAGCUGGAGAGCAAAGUGGCCCUGACGGUCGCCAGCGUUCAGAGCUCUCAGAGUGGGGUCACAGACAUUCAGAACAGGAUUGCUGCUUUGAGUGUGACAGGAAUGACUGCAGAAAAUCACUGGAGGAAGGCACCGCUUGCCUCAGACAGAAGGAUGUCUCAGGACUUUCCAAUUAGAGCCAGGCCUGGAACAAGACCACUGAGGAAGCUAAGCCUCAUGUAGAGCCGUGGUUAUGGUCACUGACCAUCUCCAGCACUGUACAAAUCAACGUGUUAUAAACACUUUUAUAGAGUGUAACAGUAUAGUGUUGUCCUUAAAAGCAGAACAUAUACUACAAUUGAAGCUUUAGGAAGAAAAAUGACAAAAUCCUCGUUAAGCUUGUUUAUGCCUGAGCAAAUGCUAACAUUAGAAUAAAUACAAGUUAGCUUAACCAUGUCAGACAUCUGCCUGAGGAGGUAGCUACCAUCCCGUACAUGGCUUUGUAGAUAAAUGCUUUAUUAAAUUAUUCUUAAACCUCUGGGGUUCACAAACUCUCCCACAUGACAAAUUUGAUGUUUCUAUGUCUUUCUUUAUAUUUCUGAUAUUUUACAGCUCAGAAAUCCAGUUAAAACACUGAAUCUGUAGAGCUGCCCUUUCCAUUCCAUUUCAUCAUGAGAUUAUAUGACACUCACAUCC